AUAAAUAACAACAGUGACGCACGCGCCGCUUUCUUAUAUUCAAUCCGACCAUGGUGGAGACCGUCUGGCAGCCGCCUAACAUCGGCCAACAAUGCCCUGCCCAGACGAAUCUCACCGCUUGUACCCCUUUCGCGCUAGUGUACCUCGACUUGUUGGCCAAGCUGUUUGGUUCAGCGCCGGACCGCGCUCCUGAGCCUGUAGAUGCAGAAACCUACGACUUCAUCGUGGUAGGAGCCGGGGCUGCUGGCUGCGUCGUCGCUAACAGGCUCAGUGCAAUUCCAGAAUGGAAGGUGUUGCUCCUAGAAGCAGGCCCAGAAGAACCCGAGAUUACAUCAGUGCCUUCAUUGUCUACUGCGCUGCUCAACUCCAAUUUAGACUGGCGGUACAAGACCAUGCCCAGCAACAUCGCUUGCCUGGCCUUCCCGAACCAGCAAUGCAGUUGGCCAAGGGGGAAACUGAUGGGUGGAUCAAGUUCCAUCAACUCGUUCGUCUACGUCCGUGGGAAUAAACUCGACUACGACGAUUGGGCAGCACGGGGUAACCCAGGCUGGAGCUACAAUGAGGUAUUACCGUACUUCAAGAAAUCUGAAAGAAACCUAAAUAUCGGAAAGGUAGAUCCAGCAUAUCACGGCUCCAAUGGCGAUCUAGCCGUGUCAUUCUUCCCCUACGUAGACGAUCCCUCUACAAUGAUAACCGAGGCGUUCAACGAGAACGGACUGCCGAUUACUGACUGCAAUGCCGACCAGCAGUACGGGACCCUACAGGCCCAAGCUACUUCAGAACAAGGACAGAGAGCUUCCACCAACCGGGAGUUUAUCAAACCCAUCAGAUACAAAAGAAAAAAUCUUACCGUCAGACCAGAAUCUGAAGUUAUCAAGAUACUUUUCGAUGAAAACAAAAGAGCAUCGGGUGUACAAUAUAUCAAAAACGGCCAGCUGUUCACAGCUUAUGCUACUAAAGAAGUCAUAGUGAGUGGUGGAUCUAUAAAUUCUCCAAAAUUACUAAUGCUUUCAGGAGUUGGGCCCAAGGACCACUUGAAUGAUCUAAAUAUACCAGUGGUUGCUGAUUUACCAGUUGGAGAUAACCUACAUGAUCACGUCACUUUUAACGGUCUUGUAGUAGCGUUGUCAAAUAAAACCGCUACCACUGUCAAUCAGCAAGAGAUUAUUGAAGAUAUAUUAAAAUAUAAGAAGAUGAAAGUCAAAAGAGGUCCAUUAUCAGGCAAUGGCCCAGUGAACAGUAUAUCCUUUUACUUGACUGAACCUAAAUUACCAGCUCCCGAUAUCCAAGUACAAGUCAACAAUUGUAACUGGAAAGAAUAUAUCAGAGAACCUGUUAAUUAUGAGAGUUUAGCUAUCUUCCCGACAGCAUUUUACAAUGGAGUCAUUCCAAGGGUAAUGAACAAUGUUCCACUAAGCAGAGGUAGAUUGCGCCUGAACGCUAGUGAUCCUUACGGAGACCCGUUGAUAUGGGCUGGGUAUUUGAGCGAUACGCGCGAUUUGGAAGUGCUUAUAAAAGGUGUGAAAAGGGUUUUAGCUUUGGAAAACACUCAUGCUUUUAGAUCUAGAGGUGCUUAUUUCGUUAAGAUACCUUUACCAGCGUGCAAGCACUUGGUAUGGGGUACUUAUUCGUACUUCGAGUGUUUGGCGCGGUCUUAUACAUCUAGUACCUACCACCCGGUGGGGUCUUGUAAGAUGGGUCCCGCUUGGGAUCCCACGGCAGUAGUGGACCCUAGGCUUAGAGUGUAUGGGGUGAAAGGACUGAGGGUUAUAGACGCAUCUAUGAUGCCACAGGUGAUUCGAGGGAAUACGAACGCUCCGUCAAUUAUGAUUGGGGAACGAGGAGUGGCGUUCGUUUUGGACGAUUGGCUGGAUAAGUAUAAGAAGUAUAAGUAUCAAGAAUGAUUUGGGAAAACUUUGCCAAGGACACGAUUAUAGGACAUUGGGAGAAUGUUAAAUAUUGCAAACGAGCGUAAAUUCUGUUACGAGAGUAAGACUAAGUGUGAUAGAAAAUAGGGAACUUGACUGUAGUUAAAAUAAAAUAUGUUAUACCAUGCACGAAAUAAAGCAUCAAAUAAUUAUAAGAAAAACAUGGACAGAAGUU